GUAGGUUUUGCUUUCGCCUGAAGUCAAUAAUGAGAAACCACACAACAAUAACAACAUUUACCCUUCUGGGACUGACAGAAGAUCUUCAGCUACAGGUUUUGCUUUUUAUUUUCCUACUAACAAACUACAUGUUGAGUGUAACUGGAAAUCUGACCAUCAUUACCCUCACCUUGGUGGAUCCCCACCUUAAAACACCCAUGUAUUUUUUCCUCCAAAAUUUUUCUUUCCCAGAAAUCUCAUUUACAACUGCCUGUGUACCAAGAUUCCUAUACAGUAUAUCAACUGGAGACAGAACAAUUACCUAUAAUGCAUGUGCCAUUCGACUCUUUUUUACAGAUCUCUUUGGGGCAAAUGAAUUUUUUCUUUUGGCCACCAUGUCUUAUGAUCGCUAUGUGGCCAUCUGCAAACCCUUGCAUUAUAUGACAAUCAUGAGCAACCAAGUAUGUAAAACAAUGGUUAUUUGCUGUUGGAUGGCAUCAUUUAUGAUUAUCCUCCCACCACUUAGCUUAGGUUUUAAUCUGGAACCCUGUGAAUCUAAUGUCAUUGAUCAUUUUGGCUGUGAUGCAUCUCCUAUCCUGAAAAUCUCAUGCUCAGACACAUGAUUAAUUGAGCAUAUGGUUAUAGCCUGUGCUGUGAUGACCUUCAUCAACACUCUUGUAUGUGUAGUUCUCUCUUAUAUAUAUAUUAUGAAGACAAUUCUAAAAUUCCCUUCUGUUCAAGAAAGGAAAAAGGCCUUUCCCACCUGUUCUUCCCACAUGAUUGUAGUUUCCAUAACCUAUGGCAGUUGCAUCUUCAUCUAUGUCAAACCUUCUGCAAAAGAAGACGUGGAGAUUAAUAAAGGUGUGUCAGUGCUCAUUUCAUCCAUAUCACCAAUGUUGAAUCCUUUCAUAUAUACCCUGCGGAAUAAGCAAGUUAAACAAUCCUUUAAUGACUCACUAAAAAAAAUUGCAUUCCUCUCAAAGAAGUAAAGUGUAACUAAGUUGCUAAAUCAUGUUAAAAGAUGCAU